CCGGGGCAGCGGCUGCGCUCGGCCGCGGGAGGCGCGCAGGGACCGCUCCGCGGGCGGCGGCGCCCGUCGCGUCAUGGCCCAGAAAACGCCGGAAAUUUACUCUGUGGAGCUCAGUGGAACUGAAGACGUGGGGAAAACGGACACGGGGGAUGGCAAGGAGAAGUACAGGGGCCUGAAGGACAAGCGCUUGGAACUCAAAAAGAAUCACCAGAAAGAGGAGCUUAAGAAAGAAGUUGAUCUGGAGGACCACAAACUCAGCAUUAAGGAAUUGGAAAGGAAAUAUGGUACCAACAUCGUCACGGGUCUCUCCAGCACCCAAGCUGCUGAGCUCCUGGCUCGGAAUGGGCCCAACGCCCUCACCCCUCCCAAGGAAACCCCGGAGAUUGUCAAGUUCCUCAAGCAGAUGGUGGGGGGGUUUUCCAUCCUUCUGUGGAUAGGAGCCAUCCUGUGCUGGAUCGCGUAUGGGAUUCAGUACUUCAACGAUAAGUCCUCGUCCCUAGACAGCGUGUACUUGGGCUGUGUGCUUGCCCUAGUCGUUAUUUUAACAGGGAUCUUUGCUUACUACCAAGAGGCAAAAAGCACCAAUAUCAUGGCCAGCUUCAGUAAGAUGAUCCCACAGCAAGCUCUUGUCAUUCGAGAUUCAGAGAAGAAGACGGUCCCUGCAGAGCAGCUGGUAGUGGGGGACAUAGUGGAGAUUAAAGGAGGAGACAAGAUCCCUGCAGACAUCAGGUUGCUGUCUACUCAGGGCUGUAAGGUAGAUAACUCGUCUCUCACUGGGGAAUCUGAACCCCAGUCCCGCUCUUGCGAGUUUACCCAUGACAAUCCCCUGGAGACAAAGAACAUCGGCUUCUAUUCCACAACCUGUCUGGAAGGCACAGCAACUGGCAUGGUCAUCAACACGGGUGACCGCACCAUCAUUGGUCAGAUCGCCUCACUGGCUUCCGGAGUCGGACACGAGAAGACACCCAUUGCCAUUGAGAUCGAGCACUUUGUUCACAUUGUGGCAGGAGUGGCCGUCUCCAUUGGCAUCCUUUUCUUCAUCAUCGCGGUGUCCAUGAAGUAUUAUGUCCUGGACUCCAUCAUCUUCCUCAUUGGCAUCAUUGUGGCCAAUGUGCCUGAGGGUCUCCUGGCCACUGUCACUGUGACACUCUCACUGACAGCAAAACGGAUGGCCAAGAAGAACUGCCUGGUGAAGAACCUGGAGGCCGUGGAGACCCUUGGCUCCACCUCCAUCAUUUGCUCAGACAAGACGGGGACUCUGACCCAGAACAGGAUGACCGUGGCCCAUCUCUGGUUCGAUAAUCAGAUAUUCGUGGCUGACACUAGUGAAGACCAUUCAAACCAAGUCUUUGAUCAAAGCUCUGGGACCUGGGCCUCCCUAUCAAAGAUAAUAACGUUGUGUAACCGAGCUGAGUUCAGACCUGGACAGGAGAGUGUCCCCAUCAUGAAGAAAGUUGUGGUUGGAGAUGCCUCAGAAACUGCUCUUUUGAAAUUCUCAGAGGUCAUUUUGGGUGAUGUGAUGGAAAUUAGGAAAAGAAACCGCAAAGUAGCUGAAAUCCCUUUUAACUCGACCAACAAAUUUCAGCUCUCCAUCCACGAGACAGAUGACCCCAGUGACAAGCGCUUCCUCAUGGUGAUGAAAGGGGCCCCUGAGAGGGUCUUAGAGAAGUGCAGCACCAUCAUGGUCAAUGGCCAAGAGCAGCCUCUGGACGACAGCACAGCUGAGGCCUUCCACACAGCGUACAUGGAGCUGGGAGGCCUUGGGGAGCGCGUGCUGGGUUUCUGUCAUCUCUACCUGCCAGCAGACAAGUUUCCAGAAACGUAUUCAUUUGAUGUAGACACCGUGAACUUUCCCACUUCCAACCUCUGUUUUGUGGGGCUCUUGUCCAUGAUCGACCCGCCUCGGUCCACCGUGCCUGAUGCGGUCACCAAGUGCCGCAGUGCAGGGAUCAAGGUUAUUAUGGUUACAGGCGAUCAUCCAAUCACAGCCAAAGCUAUUGCCAAGAGUGUAGGUAUCAUUUCAGCCAACAGUGAGACAGUGGAAGACAUUGCAAAGCGCCUCAACAUUCCUGUGGAGCAAGUGAGCAAACGGGACGCUAAAGCCGCAGUGGUGACCGGCAUGGAGCUGAAGGACAUGAGCCCAGAACAGCUGGACGAGCUCUUAACUGACUACUCGGAGAUUGUCUUUGCCCGGACGUCUCCCCAGCAGAAGCUGAUCAUUGUGGAGGGCUGUCAACGGCAGGAUGCAGUUGUUGCUGUGACAGGGGAUGGAGUUAAUGACUCUCCGGCUCUAAAGAAGGCGGACAUUGGGAUUGCCAUGGGGAUAGCAGGUUCUGAUGCAGCCAAAAAUGCAGCCGACAUGGUCUUGCUGGAUGAUAACUUCGCAUCCAUAGUCACCGGGGUGGAAGAGGGUCGCCUGAUCUUUGACAACCUAAAGAAGACUAUUGCUUACACCCUGACCAAGAAUAUUGCUGAACUGUGUCCCUUUCUGAUCUACAUCAUUGCUGGGCUUCCCCUGCCCAUUGGCACCAUUACUAUCUUGUUCAUCGACUUGGGCACAGACAUAAUCCCCUCCAUUGCCUUGGCUUACGAGAAGGCUGAAAGUGACAUUAUGAAUAGGAAGCCUCGCCACAAGAAGAAGGACAGACUGGUGAACGCGCCACUUGCCAUAUACUCUUAUCUGCACAUUGGCCUCAUGCAAGCCCUGGGUGCUUUUGUUGUGUAUUUCACGGUGUAUGCACAGGAGGGCUUUAGACCCAGCGCUCUCAUUAACCUCCGGGUGGAGUGGGAGAAGGACAGUGUGAAUGACUUGGAAGACAGCUAUGGACAAGAAUGGACGCAGUACCAGAGGAAGUACCUAGAGUGGACAGGCUACACCGCUUUCUUCGUUGGCAUCAUGAUCCAGCAAAUAGCAGAUCUGAUAAUCAGGAAAACCCGGAGGAAUUCUAUCUUCCAGCAGGGCCUCUUCAGAAAUAAAGUCAUCUGGGUGGGGAUUGCCUCACAGAUUAUCAUCGCAUUAAUCCUCUCCUAUGGCCUUGGAAGUGUCUCAGCCCUGAAUUUCACUAUGCUCCGGCCUCAGUAUUGGUUUGUGGCUGUGCCACACGCCAUUCUGAUUUGGGUGUAUGAUGAAGUGCGGAAACUUUUCAUCAGACUCUACCCUGGAAGCUGGUGGGAUAAGAACAUGUAUUAUUAAGACGACUUUACUUCCCAGGCCUCCCGGCUGCACGCUGGGGAUGUCUUCAUCUUCUGGCCAGUAGCUGGGAGAUCGCUGCAGGAGGGAUGUCAUCAAAACGCGUAUAAGAAAAAGCAGAGAGCUAUCUGGAAGAUGGUCACUGAUGUUUUGUACUUUUAAAGCAGAGAUUCAACUUUUUAUAUGUGAUUUUCAUCUCUAUAUCCAUCUCCUUAUUUAAAAAUGUGUGAAUUUCAAGGUCAUGGUGUAGGGAAGAAGGACAUGUUUAUAUGUAUAUAAAGCUCACUCAUGUUAAAUAGGUAAUCCAGACGUCUGCUGGGGUCUCCCUCCUCCUUAAGCUCCAGACAGGACUGCUCAGACCUCCAUUUGACACCCUUUAAAAGUCCGAUGACCUCCCUAAGAUUUCUGUGAAUUCCCAGAGAAUGUGUAUUUUCAGAGUCACCUUGCUCAAAAAAGGCUAAUUCAGCUGAAGGUUUGCAAGAGAUGGAAGUGAUGCCAGGUUUACAUCACAGCAACAUGGACAGCCUCAGCUUUGACUAUGAGACCUCCUUCUUAAAGAUCUUCAGCCACCUGGCUGUGCACUCCCUCAUCCCACCUCUCACCACCUCACCAGUCCUCCGUGCCCUCCCAACUCCCAUCUUGACUCCUUGCUCCCUCCUGCAUUGCCCUCGCCCCUACCACCAGAUCCUCCAGAACUGAGCUCCGAGUCCAUUUUGCACCUCCUAGCUCCAAAUGCUCUCCCGACCCAAAGGGGUUUUCAUUUGCCAGGAUUCAGCCUCAGUAGAGAACCUUUGUGGUUUCAAACAGUAAUAUUUGUUUCUUGUGAAACUGUUGCAAAGCAAUCUGCAGUACUCAUUUUAUGUCAGUCAUGUUUCAUGCUGUGUCUUAGGUUUAUUUAUGUGUGACACAUACCCAUGUUGACAGCCCCGGAGAAGCCUCAUUUUUAAGUAAAAGGUAUUUUAUAAAGCCAGGUCUAAUUGUGGUGCUCUAAUUGUUUGAGUUUUUCUAGAAUCCAGAGCAUAGGACACAGAAAAAUGAGAUGUGAUUUUAAAUUUUUUUUUUUUUUUUUUUUGCUUCUGGUCAUUUUACUUUUCUAUGGAAGGUCUGAGAAGAUACCCUGCCCUCUCCACGCUCUCCACACUGUACCGAUCUCUGACGUGGCCACAUUUUUAAGGCAGGAUUUCUGUGGGAGGGUACGUCUUUCAUCAGCAGCACACCAGGGAAAGUAGUUUUCACAGCCUUCCCAUCAACCUUACACCCAGCACAAACUGAUUUUCCAGAACCUGAAAAUUGCGUUUGGUUAAACUUUUCUCAUUCAGUGGCCUUACCCCAUCACCUCUCCUCCAUUAUCCCUUUUGACAAGGACACUGUGCUGCUGGUGGCUCUAGAUUGGUAUCUCUGCAACAGAAAAAGGGUGGGCGACUCAGAGCCACAGUUCUCUACCUUUUUCUCAGAGGUGACAUGUAGAAGUAUGAAAGAGGUCAGGGGGCCGUGAUUGUAACUUUACAUAAAUAGAUUAUAAUGCACAAUGUGUAUUAUAUGUGUUUAAGUUAAAUUAGUGCUGUUGUCCUCAAGGUUUUUACUCUCUGUUUUCAGCCGCAGUUGUCACUGCACUAACCUCUGUUCCAUCAGUAGUUCCACUGACUGGAAGCCCUUUCCAGGCAGCACCCUCAUGGCCGUCUCAUUCCAGUCUUCACAAGACAGCUAAUGCUUUCUGAACUUCAGCCAAGAAUAAUUUGUCCCCGCUCUUUUUCCUGCCAGACUGUCUCAGGGUCACUGGCUGUGACCAUCCUGUCAGAGCCAGCCAGAGAAGGUUGUAAAUAGAGCACCAAGAUGUAGGGGGGUUAACUUGGGGUGGGUUAAGUUUGAAAGGAGUUAAAUUUGAAAUAGAAGUCUCUUCACAGCAGGAACCCUGUCUGGAAUAACUUUCAUAUUGUACAUACCUACUCUUGCAAGAAGUUGACACUCAAAUAUUUGUAAAAUGAACAAAUAACUAAUUUAAGGAAUCCCAGAAAUGAGGCUGGUAUAUCAAAUAGCUUUAUUAAGUUGUAGACAGAAAAAGGCAAUAAAAUCCCACAUCAGAGGAUUUUUUCAGAGGGAUUACUUGAUUGACCCACUAAGGCCUAGGUAUUUUUUGCAAAAACUAACAGUUAAUUUAAAUCUAAUUGGUAUGUCAGAGUAACUAAGAGAUAUAAAGGUGAGGCUGAAUCUAUAGAGUCUUCAUUUUUUUAAACAAUCUAUGUUUUAUUCUGAUUAUACAAUUACAGCUCAUUUUAGAAAAUUUGGAAUAUCCAAGAGUAAAAGAAUUAAAAGUCACCCUGAAUCUCA